CGCGUUAAAAUGCAGAAAUUACAAGACAGCGUGUUCUCUAUUGUUAAAACCACGAAUUUGUCUCCAGCUGUGUUUAGUUAUUUACAACCUAGUGACGAUUUCCCAGAUAAAACGCCUCUUGGCGGCAUCCUGAAUGAUACGAAACAUGGCUGGCUUGCGUUGGGCCCGAAAUUUUGCGUUGUUGAUCUUAGAACUGGGUUGAAGGUAGCUGCACGUACAUUUGGAGCUUCUUUGAGUAAUUUCAGAACAACGGUCACCAGUGUGGUAGAGCUUCCGACUCCUCUCACAAACAACUCACAACAGUUACUGAUCAGUUUAGAAUGUGAAGAUAUUGCUGGCAUGAUAUGUGUGUUCCACAUAAAUGGUUCACAAAUUCUACGUUGUAUUCAAACUGAAAUUGUGGUCACACAACUUGCAAUUUGUGACAGCAUACCAGACGGUCCUUUCUCAUGCUACGAUGGCAUUGUCAUGGCAGGAACGAAGACUGGAGAAGUCUUCGUUUUCGAUCUUAAUCGAGCCAGUUUAAUACAAGCCUUGAAACACAUUUCACAAGGGUAUGAACAUCUAGUCCGUAAUGAAGAGAAUCUUGCCAGUAUUACAUUUUUACCAUUGUCUGCAGUAGAACAAAUAGAGGUGCAGAAAGAUUUAGUUUUGGAGAAUGAUGAUCAUAUAGCUGUACUACUCAAUGAGAACUCUUUGGUGGAAGGACAGUACAUAUUUCGUAAUCCUGAUGGCUCAGUUCGUAUGAAGGCAAAAAGGAACCAUAUAAGGGUGACAGUGAUACAAUAUAUUCCACAACUUGGCAGUUUGACUGUUGGAUUCAAUUUUGGCGCAUUUCAGAUAUGGAACCUUCUGAAUUUAGACCUGGAGUUCACUUCUCAAGUUAAUGUGGAAUGCUUGCCUGUUACACAUUUUGGAUUUCAGGAACCCUGUGACGACCCCAGAGCAUUCUGCUACCUCUGGGUGGUUUUCUCUGUAAUAGACAGGUUUGAUGAAGAGGAAUUCCCUUUGGCUGUCAUGUACUCUCUUACCUAUCAAGGCAAAAGGAUGUUAUCUGAUACGCAAUGUCUUUAUCAGGAAUUCUUAACAGCAACAAUAAGAUUCCAAGUUGAAUUGAGCACAACAGAAGAAAAUGCUCACCUAGUUGGAGGACGUUGUGUCUCCUGUCAUACAUAUUCUGUCAAUUCCAUGCUUGGGGGAGUGGGUGAGGACAGCAUGUUGAACAUUUGCCAACUAGUGUGGGAGUGCUGGGAAGAGAACGCCAAUUCAUCAACCCAGUAUGGAAUGCUGCUCUUUGACUUGGAUCAAUGGUACAAGGAUCAAAUGCCAGCUACAUAUCAGUUGCAAAGCAACGCAUUCAUGAGCGCCACCUCUUGCCGCGAACUUGCCCGCGGCGCUGUAGCGACGCUGGACAUCCGACUAUCGCCGUCCUCCGUCUCCGUCUACUGUGCUGCUACGAGACUCGAGGAGCACUUUUACCCCAACUCAUUGCAUUAUGAUUGCAUCUGUCUAAAUACUUCAGAAGCGUGUGUGCUAUCAACAAUAGGAAUCCAACGUCAGAUAAUAAACUCGCUGGACGAGGUCGGCCCGACCGCGCUUCUCAACCCGACACGGUUGUACAACGCUUGUGUCGCGACAGGUUUGGUACCUUUAUAUAUGGAUACUUCCAGGACUCCUACUCAGGAAGAACAACGGCGUUACCUGUUAUCAGUGGCCUUGGAAGCACGAUUGUCCCGAUUUUUAAAACGCUGCGCACACGACUGGGCUACAGGCAGCCAUAGCGGGGCUGGGUGUACACUUACGUUUCUGGUUGACUGGUGUUGGAAACGUGCGUUAGAACUGAAGGAAAAUGCAAGAGAACUAACUGCUCCUUUGUUCACAUCGUCAGCAUUGCCAGACAGAAACGUGGUUCGGUGCCUGGAGCAUUGUGUACAGCAGCUGACUCAAUUGACUGGUCUCCUGGAUGCUGUGCUCACCAAAUGCUGCAACUUAGUAAUUCCUGAUGCUCUAAGCGAAAUGGAAGAAAAGUACAAAGGCAUAGGCACAGUGUCGCUUUACUUCCAAGUGGUGCAGUGGUUCCUGCGUUGCGGAUUACUGCCGGAGCGAAAUGACUCUUGCAAUGCUCUACCUUAUCCUGGAGCCAAUCUGGUUAAUACUUAUAGCAAACGUCGUCUGAAACUCCAUCGCUUGCAAGACCACGUCAUGGGUGAUGAGAACGCCGCCAAGAAGUCCUGCUCUUUGCUGUAUAUAGAUCAACUUAUAGAACAAGAGUUUGGUGGGGAACGGAUACAUCAAAUGUGGAUCCGCGGCGGCAGCGAAUGCCACGGUCUCUAUCCACCACCGUCUCUAUAUUCCCUACUUCGACUGUAUCUACUCCCCGACAUCGCUGAAGAGCAUAAACAUUCUCUAGUACUAUACUUGUUGGUCGACUACUCUAUGGUUUAUGAUGAAGUUCGUUACGAAGCUGUAAUCCGUAGAUUGAUGCAGUUCCCAACGAUGUUUGGUCUGAGUAACACCUCUAUAAAAGCCACGCAGGCUUUCUGGCAUCUCGACCAUAGGGAUUUUGAUUUCGCCCUGGAUCAACUGCAAUGCCUAACGGGCAAUACCCUCUCCGAAUGGCAACACAACGUCGUCCUAUCCUCCCUACUAGCCCAAAAGAAAACUCAAGCGGCCCUCCAAUACCUGCACGUUCGUAAACCCGCGCCCAUACAGAAUGUUUUGAAUGAGUUAAACAGCUCAAAUCAUAGAGUAAAUGAUCUUGACAAAUUGGAAGACUGGCAGUCGUGUUGUAGUCUGUAUUUGGCAAGAGGAUUGGUUUUUGAAGCACUGGACGUAAUUAGAAUGUGUGUACAGAACGCUGGUAGUAUGGAGGAUAAGACUUUUGUGCUCAAUUUCUUUUUUAAAGCAUGCCGCAACACGGGGCAGUUGUCAAAGAUCCUUCAAGUAACGUUACUUCCAUUUGAAGAAGCUGUAUUCAUAAGUUACCUGGAAAAUUGCAACGAAUCGCAGACAUCAGACAUUUUGAUCAUGUACUACUUGCAGCAGGCCAGAUAUCUAGAGGCAGAGCAAUACAAUAAAAAACUAAAACAUUCGAAACCAGCACGAAUGAUGGAACUUACCGCGUCGUUAGAGUCUCUUACCGACGUAAUGGAUAGAGAGGGAGCGAGGGACGCAUUGGUAGAAGUCGUCUGUGCGUCCCUGCCUACUAUCACCAAUACUGUUGCACAUUGUGCACUGGAGAAGGAUCUGGAACCUCAUAUUGUUGCUCCAAAGCCGAUGUCAGUCUUCGUGCAAGCUACGUCUCCUAAGAACACUUUUACUUACAAAUCAUCAUUUAUCCAGGAUACAAUAGAAAACGCUAGCGAGACGUGGGUAAACAAACCCCGAAUGAGGAAGGGUCUCAAACGAAUGCUCAACGUUGAAGAAACUCCUUUCAUAUGCACACCUAAACUAUCACGCAGUAGGAGCGUAUUUACGGACGUCCAAUCGGAGUCAACGCCACCAAAACGUGCGCGCCUUGACCUAUCCGGAACGCCAAAGACGCCGCGCAGCACAUUCAAAGUCAGCGAUAGGUUGAGCCAGCAAAUGGAAACGCUACUUGACAUGCCUGAAGUACAGAGCCCUGAUGUUAAAACUUAUGAAAGAAUGGGUGCUGAAACUCCGCAUAGUAUUUUGAAGAUACGUCACAAUGAAGUAGAGCGUGAACAGGUUUCACCGGUGGACUCCCGCUACAUGGACGAAAGUGACGACGAAUUGCUAGAAACCGCCAGCAACCACACUCAUUACAGUGAUUCCACUAACAAGCACCUUAGAUUCACAAUUCCGACCGCUUCUGAAUCCGGCUCAACACCAUCUCCAUUACCAACCCAUCGCGUACUGACCUUCUCACUGCGCGAGGGCGAGAAGGAUCCAUCAACAUCUCAGUUGGGAGAGAAAGAGACGGAUAUAUCUAUUGACAGCUACACAACUACACAAUCGCAUGCUAUGAAUGAUCCUAAUCCACUGGAAUCACCGCCAAAGAAAAUAGCUACAGAAGAGAAAGUACAAUCGAGAAAAACUUUCAAGGAUUCUGUACGCGGAAGACGCUCCCUAUCUAUAUCAGCAAACAGUAGUCUGUCAGAAGACCCGAAUACGUCAAUUGAAAGCAUAGCGGAUAUACCAAUAACACUUAUAAACCCACGUUAUUCGGGUGAGAGACGCCGCAGCUACGAUUCGACUCCCCGCGAGGAAGAAAGAGAAGACGUGUCCACUGAGGAGAGUGAGAAAAGGAUGGAGAAUAAGGACGUGCAGAUCGAAGUGCCAAAAACGCCCAAAGGUAGACGCGGUAUAAGAGCUAUUAGUGGUGAAAGCACACCUAAGAUGAAUAGAAGCCGCCCUGGAACACCUGAGAGGCAAGACUCGCCUAUCAUAACUACGCCGUUAAGACAAACAAGAAGUACUAGAAGCAGAUCCAAAACGCCCGAAAUAAGCCCACGGUCAUCGCCAUUAGAGCCCAUAAUCGAACUACCGAAACAAGAAGUUGAAAGCGAAGCGCAACGUGUAGAACAUACGCUGACUGUGCCUAGACAACGAAGGACUAAAUCUCGUACACCAGAAAGAAUCGAGACAGUAGUGGAGUGUCCACAACUUGAAGCCAUUACUGAAUCGCCUACUAAGUCUUCCGAGUCACCGACAUCGUCGCCAACUCGUCGUAGUUUGAGGAGCCGUUCGCGUACUCCUGAAAUUGAACCUGUUGAAAAGCAGCCACCGCUUAGUCCACGUACCUUAAGGAGUCGUUCGAAAACCCCAGAAAAAUUAAUGUCACCGAAGAAAGAUCAGCCAAGAUCGGCCAAAAAAUCUCUCACGCGUUUAGUAUUAGAAUCAAAUGCUGUCAAAUCACAAAAGAAAUUAGAACUCAUUACAGAAGUUGUUGUAGAAACAUUGUUACCGGAAAGCACUAUUGAAUGCACACCAAUGAAAUCAUCUAAACCCGCUAACUUACUGGACGUCACCAUAUCUCCCAUUGCAAGCAAAUCUAUUCUCCACAGUACAAAUGAAAGUGUAUUUUCUGAAUCUAAAGCUGAUAACAAUGACUUCGGCUUAAAAUCUCUACCUGCAUUUACUAUGAACGAAACCAAAUUCGGUAAAUCGAUACUCAAUAGUUACGAGAGCAGCAUUGCUGAAACAUCUCAUACUGGUGACCAAACAAAAGAAGACAGCCUUGUUAAGGAUUUAAAAUCCUUACCUGCUUUUACUAUAGGCGAAUCUAUUUUUGGUCAGUCAGUCUUACAUAGUUAUCAAAGCAGUGUUGGUGAUACUAGUGAUUUAGAAAAUGAGGAUAAAGACAAAGCUGAUAAAACAGAUAAAGACGUAAAAGCUAACACACCUGCAACCACAUCGAAUAUUACUGGUGCAGAUAAAUCUGUAUUAGAUAAUAGUGUUGAUGAAUCUAAAGCUAUAUUAUCAAGUCUCUUGACUAGUGAUAGUGAUAUAGAAAUGAAGGAAGACAAUGAAGCUGCUAUGAAGGAAGAUAAUGAAGCUGUGAUACAAAAGGAAAAAGAAAAGAUUGUCGAGAUUGAAAGGGAGAUUCAUGAGAUUGAGAAAGAUAUUUCCGAUGAAGAACAUAAUGUAAGUAGUGACAGUGGAGGGGAUGAACAGAUGGAAGCAUCGGAAGAAAGUGAAGCAGAAGCCGAUGAUGAAGAUGCUGAAGAAGAAGAGGACGAAGAGGAGGAGGAAGAUUCUGAUGAGGAAGAAGACGAAGAACGAUCUGAAUCAGAGAAUGAUCAGGACGGAAAGAUAGAAGAAAACGAAGAAGUAAUAUCAAUAGGUUCGUCAUCAAAUUCCGAUCGUCUACAAAUUGACGAUGAAUCCAACGACUCUAAUGAAUCGGAUAAAGUUAGUGAAAAAUCGGCUACAAGAGAAAUCGAACCUGCUUCAACUAUUGAAGAAAAUAAAAUAAUAGAAAGUUCUGCUAAUGAAGAACGUGAUAAAUCCAAGAUAUUUAAAGAACCUGAUUCAAAUCUAGCUGUUCAAACGCAAAAUGUUAAUGAAGUGUUAAACGUAUCCGACCCUACUGGUAGUGUUCAAGUAAAUGAAGGUAAAGAAAUAUCAGCUAUAGGUGAAUCCAAUGUAUUACAAGCAACCAAACCAAUUUCAACCAUUCAAGUAAAUGAAAACGAAGAGGACUCCACUAAAGCUGAAGAAACUACUGAUCCUUUAAAUCUUGGACAAGUUUCUUUAAUGACAGAUGAUAAUUCUCUACAUUCAGACAAGUCUACUCUGCUUUGUUCUGAAAAUCUUGACAAGUCUGAUGAAAAGGUAGAAGCACAUAGAAAAAAAUAUAUUUCUGUAGAAACAGAUGUUGAACUUGAAAUUAAACAGACAGAAGAUGAAAAUAUAAAAUCCACCUCUGAAAGGAGCAAUGUAGAAGAAAAUGUUCUAAAAUCUAUUCCUGAUAUCGAAACAGAUAAACCGAAAAAAGUAAGCUCUACUUUGCAGAGUAAAUCUAAGUCUGUUGAAGAUACUACUGACGAAAAAUCUUCAUCAAUAGCUGUAACACUUAAAGGAAGUACUUUACAAGUUUUACAUAGUGCAACAGAAAAGUCUUUCGAAGUAGGCACAAGACCAACUACGCUUUCAACCCAUGAAGGCAUGGUAAUAGAAGAUCAAUAUGUAGAUACUCCUAAAAUUGAUGAGAGAGCUACCCAAAAAGAAUCUGAAAAAAAUGCAAUAGAUGAGAAUAUAUCGGGAAGACAAACUGAAAAUGAUGGUGUUCAAGAGAUUAAACUGGACGAUAAAAAUAAAAAAGCGUCUAGAAGAGUACUAAAAACACCAGAUAGGGAAAUUAAAAAACCUACUGAAGAACUAGAAAAAGCAACGCCACGUACUCGAAAACGUGCCAAAUCCACAUCUUCAAACAAAUCAACAAAGGAAACUGAUUCUAUAGGAACGAAAACCGAAGAAACAAAAACCCCACUGUUGAGAAAGCGUUCACAAUCUAUAGCGUCUACUGAAUCUGAAGACAAAACUCCAGAAAAACCAAAUACACCUUCUAGAAGACGCGCUAAAACACCAACGAGCUCUGAACCUCGUAAAAUUUUGACACGUAGAGCUUCUAAAGAAAUAUCAGAAAAAGCUAGUGACUUCGAAAGUUCGAUCAUUGAUGAAACUGCUACUCCGAGACGUCGUACUACAAGAGCUCAAAGCAAACAAGAUGAUGAUGUUAGCAUAGCAUCUAGCGGCUCCGUUAUAUCAAUAAGAAGCUCGAGGAGCAAAGUAAGUGAGGACGGAGGUGAUGUGAAGCCAGCAAGGAAAGGCAGGAAGUCCGCACUGAAACCAGAUCUCUCUGUGAUACCUGAACUGGCCAUUGAGGAGUCCACCUCAAAAGUUGAUGAGAAAGAAGAUAUUAUCAAAGAAUACUCAAGUUCGAGAAGGUUGACCCGACACCAAAAAUCCGUGCUAGAAUCUUGGCUAGAACCCAAACCAGCCGCGCCACCGAGACGCCGCCCGAGCAACACAUCUCGCAGCGUUGUAUCAGAACAGUCACAUGAUGAGGACGACGACGCCUCCACGCACUCUAGCGGAUUUGAAGUGCAGCCUAUCGAUCGAAUUAGUUUGAUGAAUAAGACUGAUUUUCAGGGUUCACCUGACUCUGCUGAAAUACAAAGCAACGUGUCGCCGGAGUCCAUAGCUUCAGACGCUGUUAAGCAACGACGAUUGCGCAUGAAUCGAGCGAAAUCGGAAAGCAAAUCCACGCCAAAAGCAGCGCGCAUUACUCGAGGAAUGUCUGUCGAUAUAGUGAGCACUUCAGAGGUUGGGUCCCCCUCGACAAUCGGAAGCCCUGCUCGUGGCCGCCGCGCCUCGUUCAAUCGUGCCUGCGAAGCGCUGCACACUCCUAAGGGCAGGCGUACUUCUACAGAUGUUAAAAAGGGUGAAAGUGACAGCCCGCAAGGGUCGCCAGUGGAUUCUGAGAGCUCGGCCACCCCGUCUCGUCGCGCCACGCGCCGCACCUCGGUGCAGUCAGCUACUAGCAGCAAGGUCGAUACUAGCAAGGUCGAUGCUAGCAAGGGCGAUACUAGCAAGGUCGACACUGGCACCAGUAAACGAUCAAAAAAAUCAUCGUCCGUAGAAGAAAGUAAGGAUACGAAGAAGAAGUGAUGUGUAAAUUAUAAUUUUGAUUAUUUUUAUAGUACAAGUUAUUAAGGUUGUCAAUUAUGUUUGUUUUCGCAUUUAUCGAAU